UUGUAAAACCUGGUGGUGGCGACAGAAGGAGGAGUCCUCUGGCCGACGGGCCUUAAAAGAGGCGUGAGGGUCAAGAGGCUCAUUUCCCGAUCGGUUGUUGACUGUGAAGGACGCUGUUGGAUUAAGGAGAGACUUUUGGAACAUCGUCCACUAUGAAGCUGUUACAGGAAUCUUCGGAUGCAACAAACGACAGAAAGUUCAUAAAAUCCCAGGUGGAGAAACGUAGGAGGGAGAGAAUGAACCGAAGUCUGGAGAGUCUGAGGACCAUGUUGCUGCAGGAGCCACAACAGGGUGGGUCUCAGCACAGAGUGGAGAAAGCUGAGAUACUGGAGCACGCCGUCCUCUUCCUCCAGAACACCGCCAAAGGCGACGAGACACGAGCUGGAGGUGGAGGCCAGAAACAAUCCUUCCAGGAGGGUUUCUCCAGCUGCCUGCAGAAAGCGACUCAGUUCCUGGGACCGGAGGGGAAAGGCGUGUGGCUCGGACUGGCGCUGGACGCGUCGUUCUCUGCCCGUUUCGCGCGCUCAGACUCUGACUCUGCGGGCGUCCGAAGCAGAACCCCCAGCUCUCUGCCGCACACUCAGUCCAUCCUCCGGAUGCUGAAGCAGAAGUCAGAGCACAGGCUGCACACGCGGGCCGUCGGGGUGAGCGGUUCGGCUCAUCCGUAUCGACGUCCGGUCCAGCAGAGCUCCUCCAGGGCUCCCCAGCAGCCUCACAGACAAAGUCAGCUUGAGAUCAGGGCCGAGAGGCGGGCGACCAAGCGGAGCUCGUCCCAGAGCUGCCCUGUUAGCCAGACUUUGUGGAGGCCCUGGCCCUGAUCACCAGGCAGUGACUUCAGAACUAUAAAUGACUAACAACUCACUCAUAUUCACUGGUGCCGUCAAUAUAUCGUUCCCGAAGAAUAUUUGCAAUAUUUGUAGUCUUGUAAGCCUGUAAAUAAUGUAAAAAUCUCUUUUUGUACUCGUGCUGUAUGUGUGAUAGGGUUUACUCUCUACUCUUAUUUAAUGCUUGUGAAUGAGCUCAGUCAGCGGGGCAGCCGCCUUAACCCGCCCACAGGCACAGGGACUCCCCCAGACUGAUCGUCCCAGCUGGGUUUGCUGCUGUGCUUGAAGAGCACGUGAAGAGGUGAGUACCACGGAGUCCAUGUGAUUCUCCUGCUCAGACCUUCCGCUGCAUGUGCCGUCGUGAUGCCAGAGUGUGAUUCUGAAGUGGAUAAUGAUCGAGUGUCCGUCCGUCACAUUUCCAGGUGUUGGGACCUCAGGCUCUGAGGCCGGGAGAGCCCCACACAGCCCCUCACCAACAACCCCGUGUGCCUUGAUGUCCGCUGGGACGUGUGACAUCUGUGGCUCUGUGUACCAUACAUUACAUGUAUUCUCUCUGUAUCUUGUCUAUUUUGCACAUUAAUUUAUUUUGAUGUCUCCCUAUGGUGAGAAGUAUUCUUUUUUAUAACAAAAAAUAAAAAAACAUUUCUUAAAAUGAAAAAAAAAACUGUGAAGUGAUUCUUUUAAAAUCGGAAGCAAACUGGAGGCUUCAGUGACAGCUCAGUUUACAGUCUGGGGAGGAAUGGAGGGAGG